AUGUUAAUUGUACCCUGCUUUACUAGCUUCAUAGCUGCAGCAGUAAAUGAGCCUAUACAAAAAGCCCUCAGUGAAGCCAAAGCCCUGUCAAUAAUAUUCGACGGAGCAACGGAUACUAGUGUUGCUGAAGUGGAAAUAGUGUAUUGUAGAAUUGUGGUUGACGGCAGGCCAAAGGAGUACUUUGUUGGGCUUCAGGACCUACAGCAUGCUCACAGUGAAGGGGUUGUCCAGGCCUUGGAUAGAGCCAUGAGGCAGUUUGGAUGUGAUGACUGGCUUCAGAAACUAGUGGGCACUGGAUCAGAUGGAGCCUCUGUAAAUGUAGGUGCCAAUAAUAGUGUACGUACCAGACUUCAGAAUGGCAGGCCAUAUGUCGUGAACACCCAUUGUGUUGCACACCGUCUAGAGUUGGGUGCACUGCAGGCAAUAAAGAACAAUCCCAUGCUCCAAACUCUGGAGGAGAUGUUUAAGCUCCUGCACAAGCACUAUCACUAUAGUCCCAAGGCCUUGAGGGAGUUGGGUCAAAUUGCAGAUAUGAUGGAGGAGCGUAUUAUAAAACCAACCAGACUGCAAGGAACACGGUGGCUUCCACACAUCAUGCAAGCAUCAAAGGCUCUCAUGAAUGGGUAUGGACCCAUAUUGGCUCAUUUUGAGCAUGUUUCCCAAGCAGCCCCUGGUCAGACCACAGCAGAAGUAAAGGGACGAGCCACUUACCUAGCCAAGAAACUGAAGGAUUGGCGUGUGAUUCGAUUUAUGGCUUUUUUUCAAGAUUUGUUGGAGAUAGUCAGUGGCCUGAGUUUAAAGUUUCAACAGAGCUCUAUGACAUGCCUGGAUUUUUUGGAUGCCUUGGAAGCAGCAAAUCUGCAACUGGUUGAGCUUGGUCAGGGUCCUGGGCAGCAUUUCAGUGCAUUCCAGAAUGCAGUUGUUGCCAAUGAUGAAGGAGACCACUUUUACAGGGGAGCAAAGCUCACACAUGUUGAUGUUCAGCAGCUGUAUAAUUUUGGAGACGUGAUUGAUUCAGUCCAGGAGCGGAUAAAUGGCAGGCUAGAUAACAAAGACAAUAUAUUAUGUCUUGCUCGGGUGUUUGACACUCGUGACUGGCCUAACACCAGGGUUGACUUGGCCACAUAUGGAAAUAACAAUAUUGAAUCAUUGUCUGUCCAUUUUGCUCAAGUGCUGGAUCGUCUGCAUUGUAACAGAGACCAGCUUAGACCUCAAUGGCUGGAGGCGAAGGCUCAUCUAGGCCACAGGCUGAUAGCAAAUAGGAUCCAGCGGCCUACUAUACAAGAUCUCUUCCAAGAUCGUGACAGGUUUAGCCACCUACUCAUCCUUGUUGAUAUAUGUCUCACUCUGCCAGUAUCAUCAGCAAUCUGUGAGAGAGGUUUUUCUGCUGUGAAGCGGAUUAAGUCAGAUUGGCGCUCUUCUUUGUCCACUCAAAUGCUGAAUCAUCUUUUGGCCAUUUCCAUUGAGGGUCCUAGUCUGGAGGAUUAUGAUGCCGAGAGGGCUGUUCACCUCUGGUGGACUAGGGGACAGAGAACCAGGAGACCACAGUUUGAAGCUGCUGCUGAUCACGUUGCACCUGGUGAUCAGGAUGGGGAGGACCAACUUCUCAACUUUUUCCUUCAGCAUAACCAUCUACAACUAGCUGGACAGUAA